AUGGAGAAGGUACUAGAACGCUACGAGAGGUACUCUUACGCGGAGAGGCAGCUGAAAGUUCCUGAUUUCCAUGUUAAUACGAACUGGUCAAUGGAGUAUAGCCGGCUGAAGGAUAAAAUUGAGCUUUUGGAGAGGAACCAAAGGCAUUAUCUUGGGGAAGAUUUGGAAUCAAUAAGCCUAAAGGAGCUCCAGAAUCUGGAGCAGCAUCUUGACACUGCUCUUAAGCACAUUCGCUCCAGAAAAGAGAAGGAGAUACAGGAAGAAAACAGCAUGCUUGCCAAACAGAUAAAGGAGAGGGAAGGUAUCCUAAAGACACAUCAAAAUCAAUGGGAGCAGCAAACCCGUAGCGACCAUAUACCGUCCCAGCAGCAACUGCAGUUGCAUCCUUACAUGACCUCUCAUCAGACAGCUCAUUUCCUAAACAUGGGUGGUCUGUGCGAAGGACAAGAUCCAACGGCGGUGAGGAGGAACAAUCUCGAUCUGACACUUGAACCCAUUUACAACUGCAACCUUGGAUGCUUCGCCACAUGA